ACAAAAAGAUAUUGUUACUUGGAAAGUUAAAAAAAAUUAUCAGUUUUACACAGGGGAUUAUUUUGGAUACAUAUUAUCAAGAUGAGGAUUUACGUCCUAUUGGUUUUUGUGAUUUCCAUAUCAAUUGCAACUGCCAAAAAGGAAUCUAGUAAAAACAGCACUGUGAAAGCCGUAACAACGAAAACAUCCAGAACUGCAAAAAGUCUAAAUGAAAACAGAGGCAAGCGCACCUUAAACAAUUUGGGUUAUCCUGGAUUUUCAUAUAGUCUUGACUUUGCUAACAGAAGACAAGGUUAUUCAGAUGCUAGAGCUUUCUACGCUCCACCAGAUGGAAUUUUCAAUGGCCAAAGUGCUAUUGGCCAAUAUUCUCUACCAGACACCUCAAACCAUCUGCCUGAUUAUAGUCAAUUUUCCCAAUACCCACAAUAUUUCGAAGCUCCUGAGCCAAUAAUCGAAAUCAUUAUCAAGGAUAGCAAUGAAACAGUUCCCACUCAACCACCGCAACCUAUUGUCCAAAAGAAGAAAAAGGAAAAUGUCCAUGUUUACUAUGUGAAAUACAAGAAGGACGAAAACAAUAAGCUUCAACUGGACGAACCAAUUGCUUCGUUAAGUGAAAAUGAAGCUUCCACUGAUGAAAGUGAAGAAAUUGUCCAUUAUCCAAGUAUUGUUACACCAUUACCUCCAGUUAAAACAACAACUCUGCGAACUGUCAUUCAUCCAGAUUCGGAGAAAUUCCACAGUAAUAGUGGAAUUCAUGUGACUUUCGGUUCCGAAGACAAAUCUCAAUCGGGUCAUGAAUUGCAAGAACAUAAUGCCGAAAGUAUUCAAAGGUCUGUUGUAGCAUUACCACAAGCUGGUAAUUUCAAUUCAGGUCCUUCACCAACUGCUAAUGUUCGAGCUGAUUUUAGUAGCCCACGUGGAGCAAAUGGAGAAACUUAUCAAAAUUAUCAAGGAUCUUUCUAUCAGAAUCAGAAUCAAAAUAGUCAGAGGGAAUAUAAGCCAGCAAUUCAACAGCAACAAUUGCCAGAAGCUCAAGCUUUGACAUCUUUCCGACCUCAGUUGCCGCUUCAACAUCAAACUCAACCACAACACCAGAAUCAACAACAACAGCAACAAUUACCACAGAUUCAUCAGAAUUUCCAAAAUUUCCAACAAAAUCAGCAACAACCACCACAACAACAACAACAACAACAGCAGCAGCAUUAUGAACAUCAACAACAACAACAACACCAACAACAACAACAAAGACCUUUCUACAAUCAAGGACCAGCUAAUCCUCCUCCAAGCCAUCCAAAGCAGCAAUAUCAGCGACCGCCUGCAACAACUCCUGCCCCACCUUCUCCACCAGCCCAAUAUCAAAAUUAUCAACAACAAAAUGUAUACCAGCAACAACAAAAACAAUAUUACCAAUUCAGUCAGCAACCAAAACAGCAUCCAGUUCCUUCAGCUCAUCCUCAACAAUACCAACAACAACAACACCAUCAUCCACAACAACAACAACAAUAUCAACAAAGACCUUCUGCACCAGCUCAAAAACAAAGUGUCUUCUUCCCUACCCCUCCACCGAAAUCUCAAGACCUUCCUGCCCGGCCACCAAGUUCAACCUCCUACCAACCUGUCAAAUUCCGUCCUACUCCAGUUCCAAGCGUUCAAAAGUUAGAAAGUCCAAAUCGAGCUCCUUUGGCCCAAGCUCAACAGUAUAACCGCCCUCCGGCAUAUGUUCAGCAACCAACCUACUCAACAUUGCCACAAUCUCACGGACCGCAAUAUGAAACAGUUAAUCGCUAUCAAAAGCCUCAAAGUCAAAAGAGACCGGAACAAAGUUAUAAUCAACAGCAACAACAACAACAAUUUUCAUUCAAUCAGAAACAACAACAUUCACAGAGUAAUUCUUUUGGCCAAAGUCAAUCGCCAAGCCUAGGCCAAUUACAUAGCCUUUUUGAUGUUAGACCUUCCAAAGAAACCGAGCUUCUAAAGGCUAUUCCUAAGUUUGAGCAACAUAUCACGGAAACUGUCAGUGGUAACCGUUAUAACAACUAUCAGACAUAUUCUGGAGGAAAUCAAGUGAUUCAUGACAUACCCGCUCCAAAUUUGGGCCCAACAACUCCAACCUCAGGACAUUCUUCAAACUUAGGGCAGUAUAAUUCUGGAACAAGUAAUCACCAUCAGCAGUUUAAUAAUUUCGUUACAUCACCAAAUCCUAUCCAAUAUCAAUCUUCAACUCAAGCUCCACAAUAUGUCAAAUCUGAAGAUGGUCAGCAAAUUCAAAUAGUCACUCCAAUGCCUUCGUCAAGCUUCUACAACCAUCAGGGUCAAGUUCAGUCACAAUUUAUUUCAUCAGGAUCAGGUGCGCAGCCCCAAAUAAUUCCUAACUCCCAACCUAAGCAACAGGCUUUCUACAAUAACCAACAACCUCGUCAAUCGGAAUCGUCACAGUUUAGUGUUUCAACACUGCAUUCUGAUGUCUUCAAGGAGCUUGAACACAGGAAGAAUACUUUGGGAAAUGAUAACAUCAAUAUCCAAUCGAAACAGAAUUUCAAAAACUUUGUUACCAAGCCAGAACAGAAGAAAACCACUCCAACAACAACAACUUCAGCACCCCCAUCGACAACAAGUAAAAAUGCUGCCAAAAAUUCAUUACAACUUCCUGACGAAGUUCCCGAUGAUCUUAGACAACAACUUCUAAGCUCUGGAAUAUUAGACAAUGCUGAUAUCAGUGUUUUGGACUACGACAAAGUUGGUGAUGUAAAUUUGGAAAAUCUUCCAGCUGAACAUUUGCAACAUUUCUAUGGUGCCGGUGGUGGAGCACAAAUAUCCGAAUCAAAUAAAGUUCUGACAGUUGUCAAACCAAAUGGUGACAGUGUUGAUUUUUCACAGAAAAAUAUAAAUCGUAUUAAAGAAUCGACAAGUUUACCAAGAAAACAAAAUGUCGACUUGAAAGUUGUUCAUUUCAAUGCUAACAAUGAAAGAAAUGUUACUGAUAAACAUAUAAAGACUGAUUCAACUGUUGUUCCAUCAAUUGAUUUGGCUGAUAAGCAGUAUAAUAGAUAUUUGCCAUUGAAAAUAAAUGGUGCUCAAUUUCCUAUUCCCGAUGUGGAGGAAUUGCAAGGGAAGAAGAUUGCAAGUGUUGUGGUGCUAGCACCAGUUGAUAAUUUACAAGGUCUUGAGAAUGAACGUAGUGAUGAUGAAAGAAUUGAGAGAGAUACAACUGAUUCGAAGGAAGUGAAAUUUGUGACGGGUGAUAUUAUUAAGCAGCUGAUUAAGAAACCUACGAAGGAGAAUUUUAAGAAAUGGCUGGAGAAGGAAUCGAGAACGGAUGUGGAAAGCCAAUCAGUGGUACUUUUGGUAGCAAAGUCUUCAUCUGAUGAUCAAGAAAUCUUCAUGUACGACAUCGCUACUGGUGCAGUCAACAAAUUGAAUGGUGAACUUUCAAGUGCAUUUGUAAAUGUUGCUGAAGAAAAUGCAAGUGCCGAAAAUCUCGAUCAUGCAUCAACGUUAGAUCCAAGUAUUCUUGAAAAUAUGAUGGAAAAAAUGAAAAAAGUGUGACUGAACUAAAAAAAAAAUUAAAAAAGAAACCAACAAAUUAACAUUUUGCUAAUAAAAAAAAAAAAAAACACUGCUCAUUUUAACAAACAAACAAAAAUUCGCCAUGUAAUGUACCAUAAACUUUCAG